CUAACCAUGGACAGCUUGGUCAGGUCCCUGCUGCUCCUUCUACUGCCUGUCGUGGUGCUGAGUGAAGAUCUGCCAGAGAGCUGGCAGCCAGGAAACUACACAAACAGCACCUCUGAUGCACUCAGGUUCCUCAGUGACUACAACAGCACUGCUGAGGAGGUGUUCUUCUACAGCGUGUCUGCCAGCUGGAACUACGAAACUAACAUAACAGAAUACAACUCCAAGCUUCAGGUCAAAGCAGACCUUGAAGAACAAGCCUUUAUUCAAGCCUGGGGAUUCAAGGCCAAGGAGACCUUUUCAGAUAAAUUUCUGGACUCUCUUCCAAACCCUAAAGACAAAAGGCUGAUGAGUGGAAUCAAGGUGCUGGGUGCUGCCAACCUCCCACAGGCUGAAAGAGAAGAGUUCAACACCAUCCUCAGCACCAUGGAACGUAUUUAUUCUACAGCUAAGGUACACCCUGAGCCAAACAUCAGCUGGAGCAUGAAUCCUGAUCUCACAGGAAUCAUGGCUAGAAACAGAAGCUACAAGCAGUUGCUGUUUGCUUGGGAAGGCUGGCACAAUGCAGCAGGUGUGCCUGUGAAACAGUAUUACCCAAGAUAUGUGGAGCUCAGCAACAAAGCUGCACAAGCUGAUGGAUAUGAAGACACUGGAGCAUAUUGGCGCUCUUGGUAUGAAAGUGAAACUUUUGAGCAGGAUAUAGAGAAACUCUUCAAGACCAUCAAGCCACUCUACCUGAACCUGCACGCCUUUGUGCGCCGUCAGCUCUACAACUUCUAUGGCCCCAAGUAUAUCAAUCUAAAAGGACCAAUCCCUGCCCACCUGUUGGGAAAUAUGUGGGCCCAAACUUGGAAUAACAUUUAUGAUAUGAUGACACCAUUUCCUAAGAAACCCAACGUGGAUGUUACAAAUGAAAUGGUCAAACAAGGCUACAAUGUCACUCACAUGUUCCAUGUGGCUGAGGAGUUCUUCACAUCUUUGGGUUUAGAGGCGAUGCCCAGAGAGUUCUGGGAAAAAUCUAUGUUUGUUAAGCCUAAAGACAGAGAGGUUGUUUGUCAAGGAUCUGCUUGGGAUUUUUUAAACCACAAAGAUUUCAGGAUUUUACAGUGCACCACAGUGACGAUGGAACAGCUCAUGAGUGUUCAUCAUGGAAUGGGAGACAUAGAGUAUUUCCUGCAGUACAAGGACCAACAUGUGGGCUUCCGUAGCGGAGCCAACCCUGGUUUCCUUCAAGCUAUUGGAGACAUUAUAGCUCUUUCAGUUUCCACACCAAACCAUCUGCACAAAAUCAACCUGCUGGAGUCUGCAUCAUCUGAUGCUGAAACUGAUCUUAACUUCUUAUUGAAAAUGGCUCUGGAGGAGAUAGCUUUUCUUCCUUUUGGCUACCUCAUUGACCUCUGGAGAUGGAGUGUGUUCAGUGGAAUCACCACUCCAGACAAUUACAACUCUGAUUGGUGGCACCUCAGAACAAAAUACCAAGGAAUUUGUCCACCAACUAUACGUACAGAGGAGCACUUUGAUCCUGGUGCAAAAUAUCAUAUCCCUGGCAAUUAUCCAUAUAUCAGCUAUUUUGUCAGCUACAUUCUGAAAUUCCAGUUUCAUGAGAAACUGUGCCAGGCUGCCAACCACACAGGUCCCCUGCACACAUGUGACAUCUACCAAUCUGCAGAAGCAGGAACCAUUCUAAAGAAAGUUCUUCAAGCUGGCUCUUCCAAACCUUGGCCUGAUGUGCUUGAAGAUGCUAUAGGUACCAGGGAGAUGAGUGCCAGCUCACUGAUGAAAUACUUUGAACCUGUAACUAAGUGGCUGGAGAAACAAAAUGUGAAUGAGACCUUGGGAUGGCCUGAAUUUGCUUGGGUUCCACCAAUUCCUGAAGGCUACCCUGAAGAUAUUGGUAAGAAUUAA